AUUUUGUAAAGAUCACGCAUUCAAGAUAUAAAAUAAAUUUUACAAAAAUCAAGUCAUUUGAAAGCCUUUUUAUGUCCUCAUUAGAGAAGGAGAUUCUUUUCUGAAGCCAUAUUCACAAGAUCGUUUAGAAUCUCUUCUAGAUUCCGAACAGUUUCUAGGGCACUUUUAUACUUUGAGUUUGCCUCAGCGAGAGCUUCUCUGGGUGCUGACCAUAUUGUACAGGGAUUGGGCAGUAAAACUCGUUGGUAGACUUCCCUCCAAACGUUAAUUGCAUGCGAGUUUACGCAAGGCCAGCAUAUUUUCGAGUCGGGGUCAGCAUCUUUGUCAGGUGGAGCGUAUAAACAAUUUUGAAUUGUUUUAUUCACCUCCGGGCUGCUUAUAUACGACCAAAACGAGGGUUUCUUUUUCAAAUUUGGAAUGUUCUUUCGCAUUGCAUCACAGUCACCAAUAAAGCUUGCGAAAUCACAGAGGUAGACGUGUCUGA